UUGUGACCCCUCAUGUGUAACGCUGUUACUAGCCUCUAGACCUUCAGACUGGACCCCUGGCUUUCUGAACUCUGCUUCCCUACCUGGACGAUGCUCUUGGACACUGCUACUGUCUGCUAGUCCUGCUAAAACAUUGUAGUUACCACCACUCAGAGUGACAAGCUCUGCCCAGCCUAGCCCAGCCCAGCAACAGCCCUGCGUCCUUAGAAACAGCAGAUUUCUCCUCGGAGUGGAUGUGAAAAGCAGACCACUCAUUCCGGUGGCAGUGGUUGCUACUACAGCUGGAUGCUUUUUACCUUUAGAAAAAGGCAAAGUUACACAGAGAAUACAACAGAGUUACAGAGAAGUGCCCUGCUAUUCAAAGUGUGCUGGUACUGGUGAUGGCUUCCGUCAGAAACAUCCCUUAUGGGUUCAAUGCGAAUUAUGAAACUGUAAUAAAAAUCAUUGGGAGCAAAUAUGUCCGAUGCCUUGUGGAAAAACCUGAUGGCAAAGUGAAGGAGGGUGUAAACGGUGAGACACAAUCCAUGCUCAGAACAUUAGCCCCACACAAUACAAGACAGACACAUGGAAACCCUCCAGGCCUCAAUAGGCUUCCUUGUCAACAAAUCAGUUAUGGUCUCAAUGAUGAACAACAGAACAAAGGUGGGGGAAAAGAACAAGCAUCUAAACAAGGAGAGCCAAAUGAUAACAGAUCUGUGGACAGCAAAGGUUUAAAACCACUGAAUACGCAUUGUGUCACUGCUCCCUCUGGAGAUAAGUCUUUGUCCUACAUUCAUACACUCCAAAAACCAUCUAUUGAAGUGCAGAUCUUAAGGCAUCUUGAAAGGCUGCAGGAUGUGGUGCAAGAAUCAACCUGUGAGGAGAAUGAUUCCCUUCUGGGUGUCCUCAGAAAAGAAACUGAGCUGUGUCCUUUGAGUCUGACUACAUUAGAAAAACUGCAGGAAGAAUGUAAGGUUUUGGAUCACAGAGUUUCUGGACUUCUGUCUCGGGCACAACUAAGUCACCUGCUUUUAAAGCACGAAGUCCCUCUGCAAUUACCAACAGUCAAACUCCUUUUCAAGAGGUUUUCAGAGGCAAAUGACCACGAACUGAUAAAUUAUGAAAAAUUGAUCCAGUUUUUAACACUAAUGGCAGCAAAUAAGAUACAGCAAGCACGAGCCCUUCCAGAGAAGAGUCAAAAUAUUAAGGAUCACAGUAAAAGUUCUUGGACCCCAGAAGAGGCAUUCCAGGCCUUGAAGCAAAUACUGAAAGAACAUAAAGGAGAGCUGAGCCUGAAUUUUCUGCAAGACAAGACUUGCUCAGAUCUUCUUUCACUCCCUGAGACAGAGAUCAUUUGCAAAAAGCAUGGACUAACUCUGCCUGCUGGGAUGUUGGAAGCUUUGGUUAGCACCUGUGUGUUUGGUAGAAGAGGCAGAAUACGAUGGAAAAUGUUUGUGGAGUUUCUGAAGAAAGUCCAGGCUGGGGUUGAUCCUGCUUUGCUUGUUUGUAGAAGAGGAAACAAGGAGAAAAGUGAAGAUGAUUCUCAGGACAAACAGUUCCCCAAAGGUCAUGCCUCCAAGACUUGGGAGCAAAUGAAGGAUGACACAUCUGACUCCAGUGACACUGAGGAACAAGACGCCUGGAUAGACCGGUUCGGAAAACUGGAGAGAGCCCUUUAUUUGUCUGAUGUCAAAAACACAGGCAAGUUGGAAAAAGAAAAAGCCAAGCGCUUGAUCCAUAACUACAAUCAAAUUUGUGAUCUGUGCCUUAGUCCACUGAAAAUUGAUAAAGCUUUCCGACCUUUCCGUCCUGGACAAGAAAUACCAUUGGAACCUCUGCUAGAUUACUUAAAGGAGCUGUAACCUGUGUUAUUAAUACAGUGCUCAUGAGUGUAUUUACCCCGUAUCAUGUUUCUCCGCCCACUGAUAUUUUUACUGAUUCAGUAUCUGCAAAGUUUCUACUUCUCAUUAAUUUUUCAUUUGCAAAUGAGAUGAAACAAAGGCACAUACCCCAUAUUCCAC